GUAUAACUGAUAUGCUUGUCCUUGUUCAGGACACCACACACUGGCUUCAGAUUGAACCCUUGACUUCCACUGUCCAGGGAGUGACAAUGUUCAGACACAGGACACCCAAAGGGAGUUAUGAGUGCACAGUGUCUGGGCUCCGCUGGCUGUGUGAGAGAGAUGUCGUUCUGAAGUAUCACUUCAGGAACUGGGAUCCCUACACUCAACUUCUGAAAGACAUGCAGUACACACAAGGUGGUCCAUUGCUGGACAUCACUAUGGAGUUAGGUGAACUGGAGGAAGUUCAUCUGCCACACUUUGUCUGUUUAGGGACCAACCCUUCCCUGAGGAAUGAGAUGAAGAUUCUUCAUGUAGAGGAACAUGGAGUGUCUUUAGAGGAAGUGCAUGAGGUCACCAGAUUCCAUGCUAAGAUUCUCCAUCCCAAGAAACAUGUUUACAUUGCUAAAGCAGUCUCUCCAUCUCCCUCCAGAGGAUUCAUCUCAUACAUAGAGACACCACACCAAGCUUUUUCAGGGCGGUUGUGAAAAUGACAGGGAUUGACAUUGAGAUGGAGUUAUUCAGUGGUGAUGAGAGGAUAGUAUGGACAGAAAUAGUAUCACGAGAUGAAUACAUCACUGAAACCCAUUCAACUAGUGCUGUGUUGGGGGCAGGAGGUCCGGCUGAGAGCAGUCUGACUGGUUCUGCAGAUCAGCAGCUGCGUUCUGUACGGACAGAGUUUGUGAAACGAGUAUCAGGACCUGUCCUGGAUGGUCUGCUGGACAGACUCCUGCAACACACAGUCAUCAACCAGGAGGAAAUGGAGUCAGUGAAGGUGAUAGCUGAGAGGGCAGAGAAGGCACGUGACAUCAUCGACAUGGUGUUGAGAAAAGGAAAUGAGUCAAGUUCCAGGAUGAUCAAUCUUCUUUGGGAGCUGUACCCCUGUCUUUGUUCACUGCUUCAGAUCAACAGUUGUAGUCAACCCCUGGGUGUGAGGAGACCAGGCAGAAUAGACAGGCAGGAUGGUUCAACAUGUCCUUGUUGUCUGUUGCUUUAAUUCAGGGUCACAAAAAAUGUACAGAAAA